AUGACCCAGACCCUCCACAAACGGGAGGACCCUCUCAACCUGGGCGGAGGCUGGGCAGCCUCAGCCCCCUUGCGCGCCUGGUCAUCAUGCCCCCGAAGGCGCAGGGGCACCCCGCUUUACAAACGGCGACCCCACUAUGGCCCCCAGGCUGAGUAUGAGCCCCCGAGGAAACAGCCGCGACAACAGCACAGCCCAGACCCUUGGUACCAACCCCCACGACGGCCCUACAGGGCAAUGUAUGCCAACCGGGGGCAUCCCGGUGGGCCCUGGUACCCGCCCCCGGCGGGAUUCUGCAACGUCCCCAGCGGGGUGCAAAUGAUCCGGGUGCAUGGCCUGCACCCUCUCUGCUUCUGCUGCUGCUCCUGUUGGUGUGGAGCCUGGCACCCCGGCUGGACCCGGCCCUACGGGAGGAAGAAGAGAUGGGGCCGCCGAGGCCGUGGCCUGCGCCGCCCGCCCCGCCGAGCCUUCCCCAGGAGCCCGCCCGUGGAUCUGCGGAUGCUGCUCCGGCCGGUCAACUUGUAUGGGUGGCGCGCGCCAGGCAUGCGCGCACCAAGGAACACCACACAGUUCAUCAUGAACCAGAUCUACGAAGACAUGCGGCACCAGGAGGAACAGGAGCGCCAGCAGGCGGCGCUGCAGGCCCAGCAGGAGCAGGCCAGCCCCCAGGCCCCGCCUCUGGCCGCCUCCGGGGGAGAGGCGCCCCCCAGCGGCUGUGCAGACGACGAGGAGCUGCAGGAGAUUUUGUACAGCACGGUGGCCUCCAGCCCAGCCUCUCCAGGGGAAAACCAGUGCCCCACCCCCCAGCAGGUAGAGGAGGAGGAAGAGGAGAAAAUCUAUGGCACGGAGGAGGAAGAGUGUGAGGAGGAAGUGUGUGCUGAGAAGGAUAGUGAGGAGGAGGAGGAGGAAGAGGAGGAGGAGGAGGAAGAGGAGGAGAGUGAGGAUGGAGAGGAGGUCGAAGUGGCCGACUACGAGGAGGAGGGGGAGGAAGAAGAAGAAAAGGAAGAUGGGAAGGAGGAGGUAGAUGACCAGAGAGAGGAAGAAAACCAUUUGCCUAUGGAAAUGCCUUUGUCAAUCCUAGUUGGGUCGGAAGAGAGAGAGAACUUUAUAAACUGCCAUUAUUUCAGCCCCAAACAGACAAAUCCCCAAGUGCCGCCAGAAACGGAAACUCUCUUCAUGGAACAGGACAUUAACUGGUAGCCAUCGGAAAAGGAUUAAGGACUAUAAUGGAACUGAAUGAAGG